AACCUAUACAGAGUGUAAGCCAAAAUGGAAGACAGUCCUGUUUCCUAUGGCUUUAAAAACAUUUUUAUUACAAUGUUUGCUACUUUUUUUUUCUUCAAACUUUUAAUUAAAGUUUGUUUGGCUCUCCUAACUCACUUCUAUAUCGUCAAAGGAAAUAGAAAAGAAGCGGCUAGGAUAGCAGAAGAGAUCUAUGGUGGAAUUUCAGAUUGCUGGGCUGACCGAUCCCCACUUCAUGAAGCUGCGGCCCAGGGGCGCUUACUGGCCCUGAAAACUUUAAUUGCACAGGGUGUCAACGUGAACCUCGUGACCAUUAACCGGGUCUCUUCGCUCCACGAGGCGUGCCUUGGAGGCCACGUAGCCUGCGCUAAAGCCUUAUUGGAAAAGGGCGCACACGUCAAUGGAGUGACGGUUCACGGGGCCACGCCCCUGUUCAAUGCGUGCCGGAGCGGCAGUGCUGCGUGUGUCAACGUGCUGCUGGAGUUUGGAGCCAAGGCCCAGCCGGAGGCGCACUUGGCUUCACCCAUCCACGAGGCAGUCAAGAGAGGUCAUAGAGAGUGCAUGGAGAUCCUGCUGGCAAAUAACGUUAACAUUGACCAAGAACUGCCUCAACUUGGAACUCCCCUGUAUGUGGCCUGCACCUACCAGAGGGUAGACUGUGUGAAGAAACUUCUAGAAUUAGGAGCCAGUGUGGACCGCGGGCAACGUCUGGACACUCCCCUGCAUGCGGCGGCGAGGCAGUCCAGCGUGGAAGUCAUCCACCUGCUAGCCGACUACGGGGCUCCCCUAAAGCGCAGGAACGCCGGGGGCAAAAGCGCGCUGGAUCUGGCCGCCCCCAACAGCAGCGUGGAGCAGGCACUCCUGCUCCGGGAAGGCCCACCUGCUCUUUCCCAGCUCUGCCGCCUGUGUGUUCGGAAGUGCUUGGGUCGAGCAUGUCAUCAAACCAUCCAUGAACUCCAUCUGCCGGAGCUGCUGGAAAGAUUCCUGCUAUACCGGUAGCCCCAGCUGGCCGUGGGAAGAUGCUUGGAAAUAAGCAGGUUGUUGCCUGCUGUAUCUAGGGUACCUAGUGUAGAUGCCCAACCAGUAGACUCUGACCAUCUUCGAAUGAGCUAAGGCAGUUAGUGUAGGUCCCCGAUGAACUGGAACACUUGAGGAGUGGAAACUCCUGGUUAAUGCUCUUAUUAACCAAGGGGCAACCAGGAGCCUUUUUGUCUUUAGCUUUUGUUGUUAAGAAACUUAAAAUUUCUGUGAAGGGGAGUGAAAAUAAUCUAUGUUUGAAGAUUCACGAUCUUUAAUUAUCUAAGGGUCAAUGUUCUGAAUAUCAUGCAGACACGUAAAUCUGGGUGAAUAAAAUUAUGAUGAGUGUACAUAAUUCAAGAUGUGUUCCUGAUUUAGUUCCUCCCUCCUUACCCCUUUCUUUUUUUGCUUCUGUGAAUAAACCUCUGCUAUAAUUUUGA